UGUAAUAUAGUCGACAUCUACUUGCAGGUCGUAGCUAGACAGCCAUACUAUCUCUUAAACCAUUUAUCUAGUGGCUUAUUUUACUUCGGUUUUUUUUUCAACUCGUUGUUAUGUAUAAUGUAUAAUUGUGUCACUGUGUCCAGCGCAUGGUAGAUAAAUAGUUUAAUCUCGCGAACAAAACCAAUAUUCUGCUACAAAUCCUGACGCACUGACGUGUGAGUCGCUAGUUUUGAGAGGCCGGAUUUAUUUUGUUCAAUCGUCGGCAGUUUAAGCCUGACCACAGUUAAUUUCAACGCAAAAUCAAAACACAAACAAUUAUGUCUUCAAAAAAACAAACUCAACGUGAGGAAGAGCCAAGUGGAAUCAGAAAAUCAACUAGAAAACGACGUCCAAAAUUACGUCAAUCAUUGUCGCCUAAUAAGAAUAUGCCAACUACUAGCAAUAUCAAAACUAAGCGUAAAGCAACUACUAAAAUUCAUACAGUUUUUGAUGAAAGAGUGCUUUCAUUAUCUAGAUUAAAACCCACCCAAAUUAAACAUGAUUCAGCAAUCCAGUAUGUAUUAAAUCAAGAAGAACGUGAUGAUAUUGAACAAAUAAUUACAGAUGAUAUAUUAGAUAAAAUACAAUGGGAAUUUGAAUCAAUGUUGACUGGUAUAAUUGUACGCAAAAAACAAAUCAAAAAUGUUUAUAACUUGCUAUCUUCUGUGCAAGAAUCUGGUUCUCCAAAUAAAGUAGAAAAUAACUGUAAACAAUCUAUGAAUUUAGCAAAAGUUGCUGCAGAAAUUUUUCAUGAUGAUGAAUGCUCUUCAAACUUAAACAAUGUUGAAUUUGAAAAUGAAGAGCUUCCUCCAAUCCAGACUGAAUCGGCAAAAAAAUUUUGGUCUCUAGUUGAACCUUAUCUUGCUGAUGUAAGUGAUGAAGACCUCAAGUGGUUAGAAGAUUUGGUAAUGUCUUAUAGCUCUAAACUUGAUAAAAUACCACCUUUAGGAGAACACUAUUCAAAACGUUGGGUACGAGAAGAAUUAAAAAUGCAAGAUCAACAAGCUUCUAGCUCUCAUCAGCCAAAUAUGAAAACUCGACUAGCUGACCGAGUACCUCCUGAUGUGGUAGAACUAGUUAAUAGAGCUAAUAAUGCUGCACGCGGUGGUCAUGAAUCAAUGCCAUUAUUCCAAAAAAUUAUGGCGGCUAUUUUAGAACAUACAAAUAUGUCUCAAAAUGACAUUGAUAACAAUAGUGAAAUUGAUGGUGUUGCUGAAGACAGACCAGAAGAAAUGAGCAAUGUUUGUGAAGAAUUUUAUGGGGAACAAAAUAUUAGAAAACAACUGCAGAAAUUAGGAUUAAUUGGUAAUCAAGACAAGCCAGUGGCAUCACCUUCAAGUUUACCUCAUUCUUCAUCACAGGCUACUGUUGAUAGCGAUGAAAUUUUAGAAGAGAUAGUUAAAUGUGAUUCUGCUUUAAGUAAUUUACGCGAAAUGAACAAAAAUCACUUAAGUAUCUUAUUAGAAAGAUGUCGUGAACGCCAUUCUAUGCAAAAGAAAAAAAAGAAACUUCAAAAACUUGAUGAUAAGAUUUUAAACUUCAAAAAACAAGGCAAUUCACAAAAAAAAAAUGUGAAAACAGGGCAAACAAGUAACAAAAAUGAGGAUAUAAGAUUUGUACUAAAUAAACGCAGCAAUUACCUUAAGCGGUUGCAAUCCUGUGCUACAGAUCCUAUUAACAUGGAUGAUUCUGAAUCAAGUGAUGAAGACGUGAAAAAUGAAUGUAUUGUUAUAUCAGAUGAUUGUAUAGUCAUAUCCGACAGUGAUUCAAACUAAAGGAUAACAUAUUGAACACUUGGUUAUAACAUAAUAUAAUACAGAUGUAAUUUUACUUAAUAUAUUGUCCUCUACACCUAAA